GCCGCGCGGUCGCCUCCAUCUCCACCUCCUCCUCCUCCUCCUGUUCUUCUUCCUCGUUGCGUUCCGCCUGCCCUGCCUCGGAGCGUGGUGUUCUGCAGCGGCGGGGACCAGUGCUAUGUCGGGAAAGUUCGGGGAGGGAGCGCAGGGGGCCAUGCAAUCGGGGCUCCGCCGCUCGCGCGCCGCGCCUUGCAGGAGGAUUGUGUCUGUAUCUUUCUACUGUUGCUGCAGGAACAUCCUUCACAUCCCCAGCUUUUGGCUUGUUUUUGGGCAAAAGGAUUCCUGUGGAAGAUGGAACUCUGGAUUUCAGACUAUGUCUCAAGGCUCCUCAGUGAAACAUGAUUCUGCUGCUUGAGAGAGACACAUCUCUGAUGGCACCUUCUAUGCAACAGAAACCAUGGUAUUCUUAGCAAUGUUGACUGCAUCCCAUCCGGGGACAUCCAACACAACGUACAUAGUGUAUGAAAAUACAUACAUGAAUAUGACAGCCCCUCCGCCAUUCCACCAUCCCAGCAUUGGCCCACUGAUUAGAUAUAGUUUUGAAACGAUGGCUUUUACUGGGAUGAGUUCCUUGAUGGUAAAUAGCACAGCGGUAUCCCCAGUACCAGCAGCUUUUGAGAGCCUCAACUUGCCUCUCCAAAUCAUCCUUUUUGCUCUGAUGAUAUUUAUUCUCUUUGUGUCUUUUCUCGGGAACUUGGUUGUUUGCCUGAUGGUUUACCAAAAAGCAGCCAUGCGGUCUGCAAUUAACAUUCUCCUUGCAAGCCUGGCAUUUGCAGAUAUGUUACUUGCCGUGCUGAACAUGCCCUUUGCCUUGGUAACUAUCCUUACUACUAGAUGGAUUUUUGGGAAAUUUUUUUGUAGGGUGUCUGCUAUGUUUUUCUGGAUGUUUGUGAUAGAAGGAGUAGCCAUUUUGCUCAUAAUUAGUAUAGAUAGGUUUCUUAUUAUAGUUCAGAAGCAGGAUAAGCUAAAUCCAUAUAGGGCUAAAGUUCUCAUUGCAGUCUCUUGGGCAACUUCUUUUUGUAUAGCUUUCCCUUUGGCUGUAGGAAAUCCUGACUUGCAGUUACCUUCCCGAGCCCCGCAGUGUGUAUUUGGGUACACAACUAAUCCAGGAUACCAGGCUUAUGUGAUUUUGAUUUCUCUCAUUUCUUUCUUCAUACCCUUCUUGGUGAUACUGUACUCAUUUAUGGGCAUACUCAACACUCUUCGGCACAACGCUUUGAGGAUCCAUAGCUACCCUGAGGGUAUAUGUCUCAGCCAGGCUAGCAAGCUAGGUCUCAUGAGUCUGCAGAGACCCUUCCAGAUGAGCAUUGACAUGGGCUUUAAAACGCGUGCCUUCACCACCAUUCUGAUUCUCUUUGCUGUCUUCAUAGUCUGCUGGGCCCCAUUCACCACUUACAGCCUUUUGGCAACAUUCAACAAGCAGGUUUAUUAUCAGCACAACUUUUUUGAGAUUAGCACCUGGCUACUCUGGCUCUGCUACCUCAAAUCUGCAUUGAACCCACUGAUUUACUACUGGAGGAUUAAAAAAUUCCAUGACGCCUGCCUGGACAUGAUGCCGAAGUCCUUCAAGUUUUUGCCGAAGCUUCCUGGUCACACCAGGCGCCGGAUUCGCCCCAGUGCUAUCUAUGUGUGUUCAGAACAUCGGACAGUUGUGUGACUGUUGAAACUACCAGCCAUUUUGGAUGAUGGUUAUUCUUUAUCUGACUU